AUGGGAGGGCGCAGCAAGAAGCGUGGUGGUAAGGGGGCCAGCCGUGAGGGCGAUGAGGAGAAGCCGGCGUCGGAGGAGGGGGAGGGGAGAAACGCGCUGCCGAUGGCCAACGUGGUGCGCCUGAUGAGGCAGGUGCUACCGCCGAACGUCAAAAUCGCCGAGUCGGCCAAGCAGCUCACCCACGACUGCGCGGUGGAGUUCGUCAGCUUCGUCGGCGGCGAGGCGUCCGAGCGGGCCAGGACGGAGCACCGCCGCACCGUCGCGCCGGAGGACUUCACCUGGUCCUUCCAAAACCUCGGGUUCGACAGCUACGUCCAGCCCAUGCAGACCUACCUCCGCGGCUACCGCGAGUAUGACACCGCCCGCGGCAGGAGCAGCCGGGCGGCCGCACGGGCCUCGGCGGCGGAGGCUGUCGCGACGGCGCCGGUGUCGACUGGCGCCCCGGUGACGGUCACUGACGAGGAGCUGGAGUUCCUCCAGUCGAUAGUCCCUGCACCUCCCGGAGGCUAUUAG